AUGAAGGAAUGCACGUAUUCGAAGUGUCCACAGGCAAAGAAGAGGAAGAAGUGGCUUGAUGGAUUCGUGAAACAAGUUCGGGGGAAAAUGAGACUCUUUGAUUCCAAUAAAAAGGUGAUUUAUGAAAGUGAGAAGUAUUUCAUAGAUAAAGAUGAUUCACUGAGAAUGAGCGUGUUUACGGUGGAAGUGGAUGACUACACGUUUAUGAGCAAGGAUUUGGUUGAAAGUGAAGUAACUGAAAGAGUGAGGGAGACACCUAAGGAGUUUCAGGUUGAAAAAGACGUAUUGAAAAUAGAAAAGAAGAUGAAAAAUGAGAAUAGGGGGAAGAUGAAUAUGGGGCGUAGCAAUGCAGAAAUAUUGGAAUUGAUUAGAAAAUAA